CCAUUCAGUCCAUGUAACCGGCUAUUGCCAGUACCAAGCCAGUACCCAGUUAGGGCCCAGCCUUGAUUCACGUUAGUCGGCACACCGCUUUAUUGAGCGGACAGCGCGUGUUUUAUGUAUGUGCGAGUGAUAAGUUCGAUAUUUGAAUUUGUAUUUGGAAUUUAUAGGUUGAUAACGACAAUUACACACUAGUGCACAAACAGCAAAGGAACUUUAAGAUGACGAAGACGUAAAAGGACCAGCAAUGGAGGCCCCAUCGCAACCCAGUGUCCCGGCAGCCUUAGGCCAAGCCCAUCUCUCCCACUUGCCUCAACGGCCGCCAGUCAACCUCGGCUUUCAAGAUCUGUCCUACACUGUCUCUAAUGGAAAAAUAUCGAAGUUAAUCUUGCGGGGAAUUAGUGGUGAAUUUCGCUCCGGCCAGCUGACGGCCAUAUUGGGACCCUCUGGAGCCGGCAAGAGCACUUUGCUCAACAUUCUUGCCGGAUACAGAGUAAAUGGAGCGUCAGGCCUCAUAACAACUAAUGGGAUCCCAAGAGACCUGAAGUUGUUCAGGAAGCUGUCUCGCUACAUCAUGCAAGAUGAUCUCCUUCAGCCUCUCAUCACGGUGCAGGAGGCGAUGGCAAUGGCGGCAGACCUCAAGCUGGGCAGUGAGAUGAGUUCACGGAGGAAGAAAAUUAUUGUAGAGGAAAUAAUCCAACUCCUUCGACUGGGCAAGGCUAGGAACACAGUGAGCGAGCGGCUAUCUGGCGGGGAGCGAAAGCGGUUGUCAAUUGCUCUGGAGCUUCUCAACAACCCGCCAGUCAUCUUCCUCGAUGAACCUACCACAGGACUGGAUGACGUGGCAUCAUCAACAUGCGUGUCUCUCCUCAAACGUGUGGCUCGUGGUGGUCGCACCGUCAUAUGCUCCCUCCACACUCCGUCCGCACGCCUCUUCGCAGUCUUCGACCACGUGUAUGUGGUGGCUGAUGGGAAAUGUGGAUACCAGGGCACGGCAGCUGGGGUUGUGCCUUUUCUGAAGGAACUGCAACUGCCUUGCCCGAAAACUUAUAAUCCUGCUGAUUUUGUCAUAGAAGUAUCAAGUGGCGAAUACGGCUCUCAUACAGAGCGCAUGGUGGCCGCAGUUGACAACGGAAGGAGUCAGAAAUGGAGGCAAUACGCAAACGAGUAUGUUUAUGAGGAGAUGGAGAUAGAGCAACUGAACACGGGAGUGGUGGAGAAGCAUAGUUAUAAGUAUGAGAGUACGCCGUGCCAGCAGUUCUAUGUGCUGUUGAAGAGGAUGAUGUUGCAGACUGUUAGAAAUAGGGGCUACCUUUGGCUGCGAGUUUGCCUUCACUUAUUCCUAGGAGCAAUAGUUGGCGCCCUGUUCAGUAGCAUGGGAUAUGAUGCUUCCAAGACACUAUUCAACUUCGGUUUCUGCUACGCUUGCAUCAUCGCCAUGUUGUAUACCACCAUGAUGCCUAUAUUGUUAGCCUAUCCAUCAGAAGUGCUGCUAGUCAAACGCGAAUACUUCAACCGAUGGUACGGCCUGAAGCCGUACUACGCUGCUCUGGUCGUCUCCCGAACUCCCGCAACCAUCUUCUUCUGCCUCAUCUACGUGGUGAUAGUGUACCCCCUCACAGCGCAGCCUAUGGAGCUGUCGAGGAUACUGAUGUUCAUAUCCAUCUGUGUCUUGACCGCCUUGAUCUCCGAGUCUCUGGGGACGCUCAUCUCUUCUACUUUAAGCGUAGUGAACUCCAUGUUCGUUGGACCAGUAGUCUCCGUGCCACUAAUGUUACUGGCUGUUUACGGCAUCGGCAGCGGUGACGAGGCUCCCCCCAUCAUCUGGAGGCUGGCGAGGGCCUGCUCCUUCAUGAGAUACGCCCUGGAAGGCCUGGUGGUGGCGGUGUACGGCCCUCCUAGAGACGAUCUCAUAUGCCCCAGUGAAGUCGAGUAUUGCGAAUAUAAGAAUCCUAGGUACUUCAUCAAAAUGAUGGGAAUGUCAGGAGUUUCCUUCUGGGUGGACUUUGGAGUGCUGAUCGCAACUCUCUUUGCCCUGAAUCUCGGCGCUUACUACCUUCUAAGGCAAAGGCUGUCUCCCAACUAUGCUUUUCGAGCCAUUAAGUAUAUUGGGAGCUUUAUUAAAACUAAAAUGAGUCUCACAAUGUAAUAGGAAAAUAUUCGGAGCCAGUGUAACUUUUCAAGUAAAAACCGACUUUCGUGGUACGCGCCGCGUCUAACGCGACAAAAAGAUAUACCUACCUACAUACUUUCAUAGUUUUCCUUAGUUUGUUCAUAAGAUAAACAGAUCCCAGAAAUCUUUUCGGAGAAAUGCAUAAGCGACAAUAGCGAUUUGCCCGGCGCUUUAGAUCUUCUGGAGGUAUCAUGAUUUAAUUGUCAGUUUGCGGUAAUAAUGUCGUAUGGGCUGCGUAUCCAGUAUGUAACCAGAACGCUAGCAAAAAUGAAGAUAAGUGAUAAUACACUGAUGAUUUCUGAUAAGAUACCAUAGCAAAAACUACAAAAAAUCUGUAUUUUUUGAAAGUGCACAAUAUAUUCCAAAUAAAACAACUGACUGACGCUAGAGGUCAACGGACGUUCCAUAAAUAUUUCACUCAAAGUCAAUGCCACGUCAUAGGUUUUGCACACUAGAAUGCGGCUUUGAGAAAUACUAAAUCACUAAAACUACAAGAUAAGGCAAAUGGUUAUUGAAUUUUUUCUAGAGUUCUGGUUACAUCCUGUGGGUAUAUAGUGCGCCUAUUAUGCAUUUCAGCGAGAAUCUCAUUGUUAAGGAAAACUAAAGUAUACUAAACAAUAUUAUGAAAAUACAUGGCGCCGCUUCCGAGCCCCUAUACUUAGCUAAGUUUAUUUAAUUUUAAAAAUUAAGCCUAAGUAAGUACAAAAGAAAGCUCUUUCAUUUUGUAGUGAGCAACAGUGAUAAAUCCUUUAAUGAUAACAUUAUUUCCAUACUUUUUACAAAAUAUAAUUGUGAUAAUUAGCAAUUUAUAGAUAAGAUUGACAGAAAAUUAAAAUAAACUGCUGUGCAAUAAAGUUAUGCCACCCCAAAAAGAAAAACCGGCCAAGUGCGAGUCAAACUCGCGCCCCGAGGUUUCCAUACUCGGGUAUUUUUCCGACAUUUUGAUGAUUUAUUCCUUUACUCGUGCUAUAAGUC